UCACGGCUCUCAUUUGUCUGGAACGCCGGUGUUGUGUUACUGUGCACAAUUGGCGAGCAAAGUAAAAACUAUGGAUUAUCUUCAUAGAACAAGCAGCAUUUGCCUUUGCUAGUGAAAGUACAGGAAGCAGAACUAGAGCACCGUGGCUUCUACCAACAAAGGACAGAACGGGAGGAGAAGAUUCUAAAAUGAUACAACGCGACCGCGGUGUAGUUCCCGCUCAGCUUAAUACUUCUCCAACCUGCUACAAGAAGAUGCUGACAUCAACUUUUUCGCUCGCCCUGCUGCAGCUCAGCUUUUUCUCCAGCGUGAUGCUGACGAAAGCCGAGCUGGUUUCCAAGUUUGCCGUGGAGGAGAAGGAAGAGGAAGCCGAAACGGGUAUCCUCAGUACAAACGUCCCCACCCCAUAUUUGUAAUGCAUACCUGCAUGUGCAUGCUGAAAGUGUUUGUCAUCCGGAGCCCCAUGAGAAGCAUUUUCUAAUUGUGCUUUGGAAUUUGUCAUGCUGCAAUCAGCAUGAUAUACUAGAUCUGUGAUGCCUCUGAACUACCUCAAACAGCACUACGCUACGAGUCCAAAUUUGUCAUGGGGAACAGCCGAAACUUGUGGACUUGUCUAGCCGAUUCCCCAUCUUGACUAUGGGGUGGGGACGUUUUUACAUAGGAUAACGGGCGGCAUCAAGUGCGGACCCGACUGCUACGCCAACAGUCUGCGCGGGUCCAAGAAGAAACCCGGAGCAGCGGGGGAAGAGGAGCUGGCGGAGGAGCCGGAGGAAGAGGCGGAGCCCGCAGCGGAGGGGCCGGCGGAAGGUACUUUUACAAAACGAUGUGGAAAAUAUUUAACUUCUUAUGCGGGCACUGGAUCGGUUUUUUUUUGCAUUCCCAAUAGGAUUUGCACAUAGAAGAAGUUUUCAUGCGUUGGAAUGCAUGAGAGUUCGUAAAUCGUAAUAGAAGUUGUACCACUCUUGCGCAGAAGCAACACAAAGCACCAUGAUGAAUAUAGUCUAUUCAUUAAACUCUGAUUGCACCAAGGUAUGGAGCGGCUGGACAUCAAGAUUCAGAAGAAAAAAAUCACCAAAGAGGAACUAUGAGAGUGCACAAGUUCUGCCCCUUCCCCUCAUUUGUGCAUGCAAAAUACUUAUCAAAUGAACAUCUAUGUCUAUCGUCGAAGCACUGUCUGCAUGACAAACUCUGGAACUCCAAGUAGUACCUACUGCAAGCCAUAUGCACAUUUGUCACCGGGAGCCACAUAAUUUCUGCCCUUGCUUGUAUCGCUGCUCAUGCCAUACAAUUGAGGGGGAAGGGAGGUUGUGCACUCUGAUAGGAAUCCGAAUUGUUCCUGAAGCUGGACAUCGACCACAACAUGGUCUUGGACGGAAAAGAAGGGGGUGAGUGCCCAGUCAAAAAGGCGUAUCAAAUGCAAAAAUGUCUGGGUCUGGAAGGUUGGAACUUGUGAUGCUAGCUUUGCACUCUAAAAACAUCUGUACUGCAUGACCAGCAAGAGGAGUCUAGUUUGUGCUACGCGGGGAGGGCGUUUGUCAUGCGGAGUAGGCAUCAGGAAGCCCUCUAAAAAUCUGUAAUGCUAGGGCGUGCAUUACAGACGUCCUGGGUCAUGCAAAACAUGCAUGACAAGUCUCAGAAUUUUCCAGACCCAGACAUUUUUGCAAUCCAUAAGGCGGACGAGCUGGCGAAUCCGGAUCCGAAGAAGCGUAGGAUUUGCAAAUAUCGAUCUGGGUCGACGUCUGGAGAAGUGAAACUUGUAUUGCUUGGCUGGCGUUCCUGCAAAAUCUGUAUUGCCUGGUCGCGAAGCGCGAAAGCUGAAGCUCCGUUUAAAACACAUUUUUCAGUGUGCGCACUGCGCAUGGGAGUGCGUCGGACCCAAGAACUACUUAGUAGCAAGCUUAGAACUGUAGCUCGCGUCAUGAUGCACAGUUCAUCCGCAUCACAUAUUCAGUCCCAGACCCAGAUCGAAGAUGUUUGCAAUGCAUAAAGCGGGACGGAAAGCUGUCGGUGGACGAGCUGCACUCGGUCUGCGACACGAUCUGCAAGCCGGGCUCGGAAGCGGCCGCGUCUCUCGACGAGGCCACAGUGACCGCGGUCUGCAACUGCUGCCCCGCCAAAAGCGUGACCAAGACCAAGUCGAAAAAGAAGGAGAAGCAGAAGGAAAAGAAGGUCACCGUCACCAGCAACGCGGCGGGAGGAGACGAAGGUAUAGAUACUUCUGUGAGUUUUACCCUGAGCAAAAACUGCGUUUCCACCCCCGAGUUGUCAAGUUGGGAACUUAGCAGCACAAGAACCAGAAGUUCUUUUGGGAGUUACACAUUGGAAAUUCUUUCCUGUAUAAUUGUGGUACAGUUUAGCACGCAUAAGCAAAGCCGCAAUGCAAAGCUGUUGUCUUAUCCUUAUUUCAGCAUUGCAAACUUUUCCAAAAGUAGAAACACUAGAAAAUACUUCUCAUGUUCUUGUUGGGGAUGCGCAUUACAUACUGUUCUUUUAUUGAUUGCAAAUCUGCAUGACAUCAACGAACUCGACCAAAUCCAGCUGCCGGCGAGGGAUCCAGCUUUUUCCAGGAUGCCGAUGGCGCGAUGGAGCGGUCCUCCAGCGGCAGCGCACCGGUCCAGCAAACCUUAUCCCGCACAGAAAAUGCUCCUCCUACUGCUUCGCACGCAGUGUAGAAGUACUUACUUUCUUGUCAUGCGUAGUAAUUUAUUCCAAACAAUAGGUCCGCGCGUCGAUUGUCAUGUUUGAAAUUGCAUGAGAAAAAAGUGGCAGACUUUGUAGUUUUCCACUGCGGGUUUUUUUUCUGGCGGAUAAGAUUCCCUGCGCGGUGCCGGGGCAAUGAAGCAGGAGGUGUGAGGAGCGUGGUGGAAGCCGAAGAGGAAUGAAAAGGAAGAUGAUUUGAUUUCCAAGAAAAGUAGGAAUUGGGAAGGGAAACAAACGUACCAGACACAAUAAAUCAGACACAUUGAAUUAGGAGAAGCGAUGAACUACAACCCAAGUAAAAAUAUGCUACGUCUACUUUAGCAGGAGUAGGGGAAAAUAAAAAUAUUUAUGAUGUUGCAGGAUACUUGUACAAAUCUUGUAUUAAAAAUUCUGUAGGUGGUUUUAAGAGCAAUACCCCGACUCCAAAGCCCCCCCACCCCGAGAAUAAGUGCCUAAACCACGACGGGGCCAGAAGUUGUGAAAAGUUUGUACCAAUUGUUGUAUGAUAAUGGAAACGAUUCAGAUUUGAAAUACGAAAACGAGUCCAAAUGAUGAUAAAGAAUACUGUUGUACUGUAUCGGAAAUUAAAAUUCAUUAAUCACGCUAGCAGCAGCUAGAAACUGACCGGAGCUCUGGUAAUAGCUGCCUGCGAGCACGGUUACUGUUUCUGCCUCGGGUCGACGUGAUACAGCUUGGCGGGUUCAAUUUGAUGUCCGCAAUGGAGCAGUUGGGCGGUGAGGACAUAACGCCGGGACGACACCAGCACGGAUGAAACAUGUUGUCGUAGUCGGUAU